CUACUUCCUUUUUGCUUGCGGCUGCCUAUUGAAGAGCAACACACGUAAAGUCUCUGCGGCGAAUCGAAGAAAUUCAGGAAUAACCAUGGACAAACCAGUUGUUUGGGCUCGCGUGAUGAAAGUUCUCGGCCGCACCGGCUCUCAGGGCCAGUGUACACAGGUCAAAGUGGAGUUCCUUGGGGAGCAGAACCGUCAGAUUAUCCGCAACGUGAAGGGACCCGUCCGCGAGGGCGACAUCCUCACCCUGUUGGAGUCUGAACGUGAGGCCAGAAGGCUUCGCUAAGGAAGCACCGCCGCCCGAUGUUGUGGACUGCUUGAUACUUAUUAUAAGAUACACAUUGGAAGAUUGCUUGCACGAGGCGCGCCUCUGACAACAACACAACUCGUCGACUGCAACGGAAACUUGUAGCAAACAAAAUAAAUCUACCUAAAUUCGCAGCAAAUGUGGAAAUGUGUUCUAAAUAAAUAAAUUUCAAGUAUUCCAGUGCUGAGAAAAAAAAA